AUGAAGAAAGUUUGUUGGCCUUACUUUGAUCCUGACUUUGAUAAACUCCCAGAAAGGAUCUAUGGCCCUGUAUGUAGAGUAUCCAUUGACAACGACACGUUGGAAGAUUGCACAUUAGUAAAGGUAGACAGCGUGAACAAGCAAGGGCUUCUCCUCGAAGUGAUUCAAGUAUUGACAGACCUGAAUCUUACCAUCACAAAAUGUUUUAUAUCUUCCGAUGCAGAAUGGUUCAUGGAUGUUUUUCAUGUUAAAGAUGAGAACGGCAACAAACUUGCAGACCAGAAUGUCAUCAACUAUAUCCAGCAGGCCAUAGGUACAACUACAGGUCCUCCAGCCUCCACCAGGGCCAAUGCCUAUGCCAACAAUAUUUUCGAAUCCGAAAACCAUAGCGGGCAUACCACCAUCGAAAUGACGGGAACUGACCGCCCUGGUCUCUUCUCCGAGAUAUCGGCUGCCCUAGCCGACCUUCACUGCAACAUAGUUGAAGCUCAUGCAUGGACACAUAACGCCCGCCUAGCUUGUGUUGCUCAAAUAUCCGACAAAUCCACUGACGCCCCAAUCAACGAUCCUCACCGCCUCGCCACCAUCGAAGACCACCUCAUCACAGUCCUUCGCGCCACCACCGCCGUCAGCCCUUGCGGGAAAGAAGCAAGCAACCAAGAAGUGAAGACCACAGGGUUUCUAGGAGGAGACUAUCAAGGCACCAUGACUGACGUCGAAAGGAGGUUGCACCAACUAAUGCUUUCCAUUAGGGACUUUGAUGGCCCUAGUUUGAGGCCGGCAAGCUCUCCGAGGACGCCGUUGGGAUGGGACGCUGAGGAAGACUGUAGGAAGACGGCUGUUUGGAUCGAGAGUUGUGAGGAGAAAGGGUAUUCCAUGGUGAGCUUAGAGUGUAAGGAUAGGCCGAGGCUUAUGUUUGAUACUGUGUGCACUCUAACUGACAUGCAGUAUGUGAUUUUCCACGCUUCCACCCAUUGCCACGAAGGAUAUGCCUUUCAGGAAUAUUUCAUCAGACAUGUUGAUGGGGAGGCCUUGUGUACAGAGAGCGAGAAGGAACGAGUUAUAAAAUGCCUAGAGGCUGCUAUUGAGCGUCGAGUUUGUGAGGGGAUUAGGCUAGAGUUGCACGCCGAUGAUAGGAUGGGAUUGCUAUCGGAUAUAACUAGGGUUCUACGAGAGAAUGGACUUGCUGUUGUUCGAGCAGAUGUAGCAACUCAAGGAGAGAAGGCGAUCAAUGCUUUCUACGUGAGGGACAUUUCAGGGAACGAAGUAGUUCCGAACAUGGAGUUCGUUGAGUCCAUGAAGAGAGAAUUGAUGGGUCCAAGUCAUAUAAACCUUCAAGUCAAAAAUGGGAAACAUCUCAUCAGAUCACCAAGCUCAACUGAAAAGUCUCGUUAUUUCGCAAAUAUUGGAGAUAUUCUAAAAUCUCAAAUUGGGCGUUUCUCUUUUAGAAUCAAGUAG